AUGCAGUUUCUGAUGGAGGACAUACUGCAGAACAGCUAUGGCCAUGCUGUGGAGGACCAUGCUGACUGCCAACCCUCGUUAGCUAAGAGCAAGCAGCAGAAUUUGGCAGAAACAGUUGAUUCAAGUGCUAACUGGUUGCAGAACAACAAAAAGACGUGCAAACUUUUGCUGAGGCAUCAUGAUCCAUUAAUAUCACUUAACUUGCUGAGAUCUUUCCUCAUACUAUGGAAGCAACUAGAAAUAUUAGAGGCAGAAUGGGGCCGGAUCAAGCUGAGGACUGAGGAUAUCAAUACAGUUCCUCUCUACAAAGUUUUCACAGAUAUCCUGUAUCCGGCCAUGAAAGCCAUAGUCAGACAGAGGGGCAUAGAGGAGGAGUUUGGAGAGCCCAUCACAAGCAUUCAGCACAUACCUCCUCCCAGAGGAGCAUCCGAAAUGGAAAUGAAAGUGUCUCAGCUUCAAAAGCUUCUGAAAAGCCUAGAAAUCCACAUGAUCCGUGAUGUGCAGAAGAAAAUAAACCAGGAGAUUACUCUAGUGAUAUUUGAAAGAGCCAGACAAGAGAGCAGUCUCCCCACUGAACUCUGGAAACACAGAGCAUUGCAAGAAAAUUUCUUAGUUGUAUGACCACAGAUAGUUGAAACAUUUGUUCAAAGGCUGAUGGAAAACUACCAAGAAUCAGAUACAGAGGUUACUUUUAGGAAAAGCAAUUUACCACAGUGUCUCACUAUACUGGGCUGUGACAUCAUGGCCAGAGAGCGCAGCAACUUUGAGAUCUACUCCAUGUUUUAUGAGAAUAUUCUCCAGCGGCAGCAUCGUCUCCUUUAUCAAAAAUAA